AUGCUCAAGUAUUUUUCGUUAUUUUUACAGAUUUGUUAGUAUUUAUUUAUAAUAGAUUUAAGUUAUAUCUAGCAAUCAAUCAAUAAUAUUGAGGUUAUUGAAGAAAAAUUGUCCUUUUAGAGGAAUACAAAUAAAAUUUAAUUGGAUGAAAACAAUAGUUAUGGUUAUUAAUUCUGGUUCAAAUUUAAUCUUUAGAAUUAGAAUACUUUUCCAGAGGUAUUAGAAAAUGAAUUUAUCACAAAUAAAUACAAUAGCUUAGAAAAUAAUAAUGGCUUUUUAAUUUUCUCUGAAUGGGAUUCACUUACAAAAUAAAAUACUGUUUUAUAUUUUUUAUAACCAUCCUUUUCAGGAAUACCUUUUUGUACUUUAAAUGUUAUAUUGUUCCUUUCAAAUUAACAAAGCAGUGUUUAUUAACAUUAUAUUAAAUUUUAGUUUUUAGAAGGAAAUUGGAUUUAUACUCAUUUAGGAUUUCAAAGAAACACAAAUUUAUUUUAAUGGUUCAUAUAUACUCCAGAGACUGAAGAGUUGUAAGAAUAUAAUUUUUAAAAUUUCGAAAAUUUUUUAGAUUUAGUUGAAACAGUAAACAUUAUUGGAGGUAGUGGAAAAUUUCUUUACUACUCCCAAAAUAUUAAUCUUAAACAUAUUUAAGGAAAAUUCUCUUCUGUCAAUUUUAGUAAAGGAAUUUUAAGUAAAGAAAUAACUUUGUCUUGGUUACAAUAGAUUUAAUAUCCUAAUUCAUGUUUAGGAAUUAAUACUGACAUUUUAUUUUAUAAUUAGUAUCUUGAUGGAACAUAGUAUUUAUCAAAUACUUUUUACUUAAAAGGAAAAAGAUUUAUAAUUCGAGGAUGGAACAAAAUAAUUAUCAAUAAGGUAUAUUUUUAAUGAUUUUAGAACUAAUAUUUUGAUUCUCAUAUAUAAAUGAUAAGAAUUACUGUAAAUAAGGAUUAUACAGAUAAUAGCUAUAUUGGAGAUAAGCUAUUUUAAUUAAUCUAUGUUCUUAAUUCAGAUUUAAAUAAACAAUCUGGAGUUAAGGCUAAUAUUUAAAGGAUUGUUCAACCCUUUUAGACACUUUACUAAAACUGGUAAAACACAUUUUUAGAUAAUUUUAUCUAUUAUGAUGAUCUAAUGUUAAAAAGAUUUUCUAAUUGGUUUUAUUUUAGUUUUGAAUAAGGAGGAUUUAAAGAAUAAUUUUUUUAACUUUUUUUCGGUUUUGAUUUUUUAAGUUUAUCAUAUGACUUUGGACAUUUUUAUAUGCCUGAAAAAACCUAUUAAUUAGCUGAUGUUGAACUUUUUAUUUUAAUUGGAGGUGAUAAAUUUUCCAGUAGAUUUUAUUAUUAAGGAUAUUUAUAAAAUAUAGAGAUUUUGACAUGCCUUACUGAGGAGUAGUUAUAUUAAUAAAUUCAUCCAUAUUAUAAUAGUAUAAAUGAAUAAAUAUUUAGAAUGUCAUGGAUAAUGUAAAACUUGUAAUGGGCCAACUGAAUAAAAUUGUUUUAGUUGUUAUGAAUAUUAGAAUAGAGAAUAUUAUAUUGGCAAAAAUAUAUGUUCUUGUAAAUUUGGUUAUUCUGAAAUUUCAAACUCUUUUAUUUGUUCUGAUAUUUAUAGUUUUCUUUAGAAAGAAAUCAAAAUAGAAAAAGCUUAAUAAGAAUGUCAAAUUAACAUUAAUUUUGAUGGUCUAUAAGUUUGUUCAAGUUGGUAUGUUAUAUUUUAUAAAUAGCCCUGAAAUAAAUUAUAAAUGUUAUGAUUGUAUUUUUAGUCCUAACACUUGGAUUUUAAAUCCUCUCUGUACUAAAGAUAUUGUAUACACUAGUUUAAGCAGUUCUUCGAUGCUAUUAAAAAAUAGAGAAUAAAAAGAUUACACUUUAUAUACUUUUGAUUUUGCCUUUGGCUUUUAAAUUUGCGAAGGAUGUGAAAAAUUAUGCGUUGAAAGUGAUCAAAAUUGUCACUAAAUUUAGGGAAGAUAACAUUUGAAUAAAAAAGUAAUUAUUAAAUGCAAAGAAAGUUUUUAUUUUUAAGAUAAUAGUUGUCAAAUGUGUAAAACUUAAUGUAAGAAAUGUAUAUCAUUAAAUAUUUGCUAAAUUUGUUAGGAUGGUUACUAUUUAAAAGAUGGAGAUUGUUUUUAAUGUCAAUAGGCAUGCUCAAAAUGUAUUCUAAAUGAUUAAUAAAAAAUAAUAUGUCUAGCUUGUAUAGAAAAUCAUGGAUUAAUUCACGAAUCUUGUAUUAAAUGUGGUUUGAAUUGUAUUAGUUGUGAACAAAGCAUACAUAAGGUGACUUCUAUUAAAUUUUUAAGAUGUUUGGUCUGUUAAGAUAAUUAAAAAUUCAUGAUAAGCUUUGAUUAAUAAAAUUGUAUUGAUAAUGCUAUUAAUAAUUGUAAAUAUGGAUUCAUCUAUUCAUCAUAGGAUAGAGCUAUAAAUACUUUAAUUUUAAAUUAAGAUUUAAUAACUGUAGAUACUGCUGUAAUUGGAUGUGCAUUAUGCAAUGAUUAUUAUGAAUACGAUAUUAAAAAUUAACUUUGUUAGUAUAAAUUUGUAGCAAAUUGCAAAUAAUCUAUUAAAGAUAUAGAUUAUGGUUUUCAAUUUUGCUUAGUAUUCACAAAUUAGAAAUUUUAUUUUAAUUACUCUCCUUCAUUCAUAUUUGUUAAUGAUUAUGAAUGUGAUAGAACACAAAUAUAAUGUGUAAAAUGUUUGUCUGUAUCUUAUUAUCAAUAUUGUCUUUUAUGUAAAACUGGUUACUAUGCUGAUUUGAAUGGAAUAUGCAGAAAAUGUCCAAAAGAUAUAAAUUGUAAAAAUUGUUUCAUUUAGUCAAAAAAAUAUAAAGAUAAUUGGAAAUCAAAUAUAAGAGCCACUUUUCAAUAUUUUUUUAAUCAUUAUAUAACUGAUUUUACAAUAUUUCGUAAACUAAAUUCAGAACCAGAUGAUGAAUAUGAAAUUUUAUGUUAUGAUUGCUGGGAAGAUUAUGAAUUCUAUAAUGGAUUAUGUAUUUAAGCAUGUGAAUGUUUUAGAUGCGUUAAAAUCAAUAAUUAAAAUAUUUGUGAAGUUAGCCCUUUCAUUUAAGAUUAUCAUUCUUUAACUAUAAUAGAUGGUAAAUAAAUAGAUUGUUCAACUUAUUGUUAAUUUUGUUAUCCAAUAACUUAUGAGGAAAUGAGAAUCAUAAAUCCUUAUUUUAAUAGCCUAAAAUUUUCUUAUUUUUCCAAUAAAUGUUUAAUACCUAAUUCAAAGUUUACUAAUUUAGUUUAUGAUUCAGAUCUUUAACAGUAUAAGAAAUGUUUUUUUCAUUCUAAUUGUUAAAUUGAAAUAUCCUUUAACUACUUCUUAAUAUGUCAAGAUAAUUUGACUAUUCAAAAAGAAGAAAAGUAAACUUUAAUAACAAUAAAUUAAUUAUUUUCUUAAAAUAGUUAUCCGAGAUUUUAAGAAUUUGAAAAUGAUAUAUUCUAUUAUUAUGCUAAUUCAUAAUUGAUAGAAAAUAUUGUUAUAGAUAUUGAAGUUUAAGAUUCUACUGAAUGUUUACUGCCAUCCUUUUCUUUAUUAAAUAAUCAAUUCUAUACAAACAUAUUUUCCAUAAAAAAUGUUAAAUUACAUAUAUUCAGCAAAUAAUCCACUAAUUUUAUUGCUAAUUAGUUAUUUAUUUAAGACUUUUCAUUCAUCUAAAUAGAUAAUGUGUAAUUUAAACCAUAUUUUUAGAAUUUAUUUAUUUUCAAGAUAGAUUCUUUAUUAAAUUAAUAAGUAUUCCUUAAUAAUCUAAAUUUUACUAAUUAAAAACAAUCAAACUAAUUUUCAAUAAUUAUGAAUAAUAUCAAAUUUAUUCAAUUCAAAAAUAUUUAUAUUAAAGAAAUUGACACUUUUUAAAACCAAGGAAUAAUAUAAAUUUCUUAAGUCAAAUCUUAAUAAAUAAUUUUUUUAAAUUUAUUUCUAAUAAAUUCUGUAAUUACGGAAACUUCUCUCAUAUCAUUAAUUAAUGUUACAUUUACUAAAAUAUAAAUUGACAGUUUAAAAAUUGAAACUUAAUUUUAUAAUUCUCGUCUUUUCAAUUAUGAAAAAUCAAAUUAAAAUGACUUUUUGAUGUCUAAAAUAUUAAUUAAUUCAAGAUUAAUUAAUUGUUAAAUAUGGUUAAAUUUUGAGAAUUAAAAUCUUAUACGAUUAAGUGAUUUACAUAUUCUUUAAUGUUAUUUAGUUAAAACUAAAUUAAUUUAAUUAAGAGACAAUACUUUAGUUUCUUAUUUUAAUGCAACUCAGAAUUAAUUAUAUGAAUAAUCAAUUCUGUUGUAUUUUCAAAAUGGUUAUUAAGUAAAUAGUACUAAUCUAUUAAUUCUAAAAAAUAUAUUAUUUUUAGAAAAUUAGUGUUAUAAUAAUUAUUGUCUACUAUUUAUAGUUCAAGAUCAUGAUUAAUCAAUAAACAAAAUUGUUUUUACUAAUUUACUUAUAUUUUUUAAUUAUAGAUUACCUGAAAAAUAAAUUGAAAAUAUUGAAGAAUAUGAAACUUUAAUUUAUUUAUCUUUAAAAUCAAUAAUUAUAGAUGAUGUAAAAUUUAUGAGAAAUUUUUAAUCUGAUAUUGAUAAUUAAAUUCCCAUAAAUUAAAUGUAAAUUAAUAAUAUAAUUGCACUUAAGAUAACCUCUAUAAAAAUACUUGAAAUUAAUCAACCGAAUGUUUCUUUUUUGUAUCAAUUAUAUAAAUGUUCUAAAUUAAAAUAGACAGCUAUAACUAAUAAACCUAUUAUAAUAAUUUAAAAAUUUUAGAAUCUUGAAUUGAAUUCUAUUGAUAUUUCUAAUGUCAUUAAUUUUAAUUCACCAAUUAUUAAAAUUUAAUCAUAAAAGUCAGCGUUGAUAUAAUAAGAUGAGUAGAUUCUUAUUUAAAAUUUAAAUUUUACUUAAAAUUUAUUAUUAACUACUUAGUAUUUUUACUCAAAAUCUAUUUUAGAAAUUUCAAGUGAAUAAAAAUAAACUAUCAAAUUAUAAAAUUUUAUAUCAUAAUUUAAUAUUCUCCAUGAAUAUAUUUAAGAUUAUAGUAUAUCAUCUGCUAAUUUAUUGCUAAUAGAAUCUUCACAAAGUGAUAUUUUAAUGUAAAAUUUAUAUUUUAUAAGCAAUAUUGUGAUAAAUUCUAGUAACACAUAACUCAUAAUUUACUCUAAUACUUUGUAAAUGAUUAAUUCAACAAUUUUAAAACAUAAUUUAAUGGAUGAAACAAUGAUUUAUUUAAUUUUAAGCAAAUAGUAUGUUUUUGAUGUUUCUGUCUAAUAUUUUGAACAACUUUAAAACUAUUUCCCAAUUAUAUCUUAAACAGGCGUUGGACAAUUUCAUUUUAAAAAUCUAAAUAUUUAAAAUGCUAUUAUAAACUAGACAUUGGGAUACAAAGGUAGUGUAUUUUAAUUUUAUCCUAAAAAUGGAGGAACAAUAUAAAUAAAUUAAUCAAACUUUUUUAAUAUAAAUUCAUAAUUUUUACUAUUUGAAACAAAAGGAGGAUGUUUCUACAUCUUACUACCUUCAUUUAAAAUUAAUAUUUUAAUUAACAAUUGCAUUUUUUAAAAUGUAUAUACAUAAAAUUAAGGAGGCAUAAUUUAUAUAGAGUCAGUAAUUGAUCAUCUUGUCAAUUUAGAAAUAAUUAAUGUUUUUAUUCAUAAUAUAUUUUGUUUAACAGGUUCUAUCAUUUUUUUAAAAUAAAAUAAAGUAGAUUUGAAUACUGUUAGUAAUUUGGUUUUAUAACAUGUUUAGAUUUUUUAAGAAAAGGAAUAUUUUAUGAACUAUUUAUCUUAAUUUAAAUUGAUAUCUGAUGAUUUAUCUAAUCAAUUUUUUUCAAAAAGAAGUCUUAUUUAUGCAACUUAUUCUAAUAUUUCUUUGUUUAAUUUUACUGUUUAAGAUAUAUUUUAAGAAAAAGUUUUAUAAUGUAGUUAAUGUCAAUAAAUCUUAAUUAAGGAUUUAUUUAUUCAUAAAGGUAUAAAUAGUUUUUCCUUAGUCUAAAUAAUAUCUAAUCAAAAUUAAAUUAGCAUUUUAUUUUCUAAUGUUUAAUUCCUUAAUAUAAUAAAUGAAAUUGAUUAUCAAACAAAUUUAAUUUGUAAUUUAAAAAAUGAUUUUCCAAAGUUUGACUUAAAUUGUUUUACAAAUGACUAAAAGGAAGAUGGUAAUUUAAUGAAUAAUUUAAUAUUUUAUUAUGAUGAUUCUUAUUUAAAAACCUUAAGAAGAUGCAAUUUUAAUAAAAUUAUUUAACAAAUAUAAAAUGAAUAAUCCCUGAUACAAAUAUCAUCUCAAGCAUAAAUAUAAUUAAUAAAAUUAGAAAAUUGUUUGUUUUAGAAAAUUUAAAGUCAGAAUGCAAUUAUUCGAAUUAUCACAAAAGCUAUUUAUUCCAAUUAUAUAAAAUUUAAAUAAAUUCAUAUAUCUGAUAAUUAAUGUGGAUACUUUGGAUGUAUAAGAAUGGAAUCUAAUGAAAAUUAUUAAAACAGAUUACUGUAAAAUAAUUAACAAAAAGAAUUUGAAAUUUUUGGAGCAGAAAUUAAAAUAGAUUAAAUGUUUUGUUUUAAAAAUAAUGCUUUAAAUGGUGUUUGUUUAAACAUCGAAAAUUUAUCGAUACAUAUUAUUGAUUCUCUUUUUUUUAAUAAUACAGCUUCUGAAUAUGGAGGAAGCAUAUAUUUUUCCUCAAUUAAAUCUGAUUAAUAAUUACUUUUUAAAUUUUGUUAAUUUUAUUAGAAUUAAGCUGAAAUAGCAGGUGCUAUUUAUUCCAAUAGUAUAAUUAAUAGCAAAUGGAUUAAGGAAUAUAAUUAUUUCGAUAAAAAUCGCUGUAAACUAUAUGGUUCUUCUAUUGUUUAACCUCCAAUAAAAUUAGGGAUCACUUUUGAUAAUUAUGAAACUAUCUUUUAUCCUAUAACGAUAUAUGAGAAAGAAAAUUUAAAAGUAGAUUAAAUUGAAUUUAAUAAAAACCCUUUACAAAAUUAUUAUAAUUUACCUAGUGGAUGCGAAUUAAAUAAAUAUUAAACUGUAACUGAGGAUAAUUUAUAUAUUAAUAAUCAAAUUACUUUUCGUUUAAUGGGAUUCGAUUCAAAUGAUGAAAUUAUGAAAAAUUUAAUUGGUUCAUCAUGUAUCAUUUAUGAUAGAGUUGUUGAUCUGCAAAAAGAAUAAACAUAAUUAUAAUUAUCUGAACUUUUUUAGUCUGCAGUUAAUAUUAAAUCUAUUUAAUUUAAUAAUGUUUCAAAAGAUUAUAAUUUGGACACUAUCAUACUAAAUAGUAAAACACUCAAUAAUAGUAUAAAUUCUGUCACAUAGUUGAUUUUUUUUUGUCCAGGCAUAAAAAGUAAAUUUUAUUACAUAAUUUUAGCUUAAAAAAUUAAUUAAAAUUAUCCUUAUGAAAUAAUUUGGACAUAAGAAUAAUAUUUUUUAUAAAUAAAUAUAAUAACACUUGAUUGUUAAUUAGGAGAGAUUAAAAAUUAAUUAACAGGAACAUGUUAAUAAUGUGAUGCUUCUUAAGGCUAUUAUUCAGUAGUACUUAAUCAAAAUUUAUGUGAUGUUUAAGAUGACAAAACAACUGCUGAAGUUAAAUCUGCUUCACUUAAACUCCUUUCUGUAUAAUAAUUAAAAUAUUUAAUAGGGUUAAUGGAGACCUGAAUAUAAUAAUAGAUAUAUCACUUAAUGUUCAAAUAAAAUAGAAAAUUGUAAAGGAGGUUGGGAUGUCGGAUAUGAUUCAUGUGAAACUGGAUAUUUUGGUGCUCUUUGUGAAUAAUGUGAUAUUUAUAAUAGAAGAGGAUAAGGUAAAUAUUCAAAUACUGAAUCUUAUUAAUGUGGAGAAUGUUAACCAGAUUAUUAAUCUGUUCUUUAUGCAAUUUUAUUAAAUCUAUGGUAUUUGUUUUUAUUUAAUUAAGGAAUUUGUUUUCUAUUAUAUUCUCUGUCAAGAGUGCUUAAACUUCAAUCAUGAAUUAAGUAAACAAAAAAAAUCAAAUAGCAGUAAGUACAUUUCUAAAAAUAUUUAUUAACUAUUUUUAAUUAUUAUUUGUAGUGUCAACAUUUUAAUUACCAAUUCCUUAUUAGAUUACAAUACUAUUAGGAUUUAUGGGAAAUCCAGUUAGAGUAAUUUCUUAUUCAUUAGAUUGCUCUUUAGUAGACAAAAUUGAAAUAGACAUCAUUUAUCUUAGAAUGAUUUAGUAGAUCUUAUACCCUUUUAUUUAUCUUUUUAUUAUGUCAACAGCCUAUAUAAUUUAUACAGUAUACCAAAAGAUUAAAAUCAACUUUAGCUAUUUUUAUAUAGCCAUAUCAUAUUUAGUUUUAUAUUACAGCCCCUAAAUAUUGAGUAGUUUAAUAAACAUUAUGUCUUUUAGAAGUAUCUCUAAUAUUAGUUGGGUCUAAGCUGAUGUAUCAUUUCAAUAUGAAACAAAUACUCAUUAUUAAUGGAUUUAUAUUUUAUGUGUUCCAUUGAUUAUAUUUUUAUUAUUUUCAGUCAGUAGUCUAUUUUUCUUACUUUUCAAUAAGAGACACAAUUUAAAAAAGAUUAAAUCUCUCUUGUAUUUGGGAUACUUAUAUUUAGAAUAUAAUACUAGCUCUUAUUUUUGGGAGUUUGUUAAAUUAGUUCUAAAAAUUUUGAUUGGAUUUGUUCUAACAUUUUUAUAGGAAAGAAUUAUAAUUAAAGGUUGCAUUUGCCUUUUGAUUCUUGCAUUAUAUAAAUCCUUUCUGACUAAAUUCAAACCAUAUAAGUUGAGAAAUAUAAAUAUAAUAGAUUAAUAAGCUUCAUUUAUUUGUUUAGUAUCCAUUUUAUUUGGAUUGAUGUUAAGAUUAGCAGCUGAAAUAUAAUUGAAUUUCUUUCCUUAAAUUAUUUAUAUAUUUUUGGCUACUCUUAACAUAGCCUUCACAUUAUACUUAAUUAAAUUAAUUCUAUAAUCAUAUAUAAGACAAUAUGUAGAAUAAUUAGAUGAAUUAAAAUAAUUUAUAAAAAGAACAUUUCCAAUAUUAUAAAAGUACAAAUUGUGUAGGUAAAUAUUAUAAGAAUCUUCUACUGUUAGGAAUAAUGCAAAAUUAAAUUUUAAAAAAAUAACUCAAAGUAUUAUAUAGAAAAGUUAAUUAUUUAAUAAAUCUAAAUUAAUUUCAAAGUAGUAAUAAUAAGUAAUAUCUUUGGAAUCUAAAAUUUAAUAGUAACCAAAUGAUGAUUAAAUCAAGACAAGUAUACAACUUCUUUAAAAAAUGGAUUUAAAAAGAACUUUUUUUAAUAAAUAAAACUUAUAGAAUAUGUAAAAUGAUGAAAAUUGA